CCUCCUCCAUGGUGUGUGUGCUCUUGGAUAUGUACAUAAAGAUGCCAACUGUUCAUGACAGACGGGUGGAGCUGGUGCAGCCACACAGGCCAUGUAGAGAGAAGAGGUUCCUCAAGAGCAGAAACAGUAGCUCAGAUCAGCGCUGAUCCCUGGGUUCAAGUUUAAAGACAGGAGACGACAGCUUGUAGCGAUGAUGACCACAGAGCGACACGCUGGUGGAGGAAAAGGCUUCUCAUGUGACACAACCGAACAACGCUGAGGAUGGUCAGCUGUUUCUCCAGGUGCUUGUUCAAUUGAACUCAAUUCAUCCAUUUUCUAUACCUGCUUCUUCUGUAUAGGAUCACAGGGGAACUCGUGCCUAUCUCCUGCGUGGAGAAAACAUGCAAACUCCAUGUAGAAAGACUGGGAUUCGAACCCAGGACCUUCUUGCUGGGCAUCAGUGCUACCAACAGCGCCACUGUUUAGCCCUUCAGUAGUAUUCAAUUCAAAAAUCCUUUAUUCAUCCCAAAGGUAAAUUAAAUGUUGCUGUAGCUCAUAUUCUGCAGGUUUCUUCAGAGAGCUGUUCUUCAUUUAAUGAAGAAUUAUUCAUUGCACAAUGAUCUUCAGAGGCUGAAGUAUAAUGGGAUGAGCCUGCUCUGCAGACUGGGCCGAUUUAACUAAAAACUGUACAUCCGUCAGCAGUGCAAGCAGAAACACCUACAUUUACCUUUGGUUCGGUGUAGAAGCUUGGAGAUGAAACUGAUGCCAUGAAAAUUAGUUUAAACCAAAAAGAUUUCUAAAAAUAGAGAAGGUAUCAAAAAGCCAGUUCAACUUUCUGCCAGGUGUUUGGACUUUCAAUCAUACUUCUGCUGUAAAGUUGGAGCUCCACAGUUAAAAACGAGCAGCUGAGCAGUGUUCCUCAUUGUUUUACCCAAAAUGUUAUUAUGUCCAUGUGUUUUUCAUCUUUUUGCAAAUUUUAUAAACAGUGUGGGAUUUAUGUCUACCGAAGGUCAAUGUGUAAAACUACACAACGCCGUGGGAAGGUUAGCAAACCCAAAAUCAUGGACGAUGUGAAGAAUAUAUUUUUCUAAGCUUGUUUCCGUGCUAAUCCAGUGGACCUUAAAGUAGCCUGCAUGUUUUCAUGGUGAAUGCUUCUCCAGUCCGAGCUACUGCAGCGUUGAAGGAGUUUAUGCACUGGUGCCCAUCACACCCUGAAAAUGAUCCCAGUUUGGUAUUUGAAGUGCCUCAGCUGCUAUUCAGCUGCUCCUCGCUUCAUUAGGAGGGACUGGCCUUCAUCCUGAACUUUGGGACGAUGCUAAUUAGGAGGUCAGAACUGAAUAAUGCAAAUUAGGUACAAAGCUGCAUGACUCAUAAUGAAUGGUAUUACUUGUAAAAGUGAAAAAACUUCUCUCAGCAUGAAACUCAUAGACAGAUAAAAUGGACCAUUUGAUGUGAAAGUGAGGAUGAGUCAGACGGACCGUCAACUGGAAACCAGAAAUUAUGAUGCAAAGAGGAGGCAGCAAAGGGAAGAAAACUGUCAAAAGGUUCAAAAUGAAGGGGGAAUGAGAAGAACGCAAGACUAAAGGACAAGAGAUGAAAAGAUGGAAGAGUUUAAAGAGCGGGGAGACCAUUGUGGAUCAGAUGUGCAGAGAAGAAAGCUUGAGGAGGACAGGAGUUGAUGCUGGAGACAUUCAUACUGGAGCUGGAGACGUUCAGAGUGGAGAUGAAGCUGGAGACAUUCAGAGUGGAGCUGGAGACGUUCAGACUGGAGUUAAAGCUGGAGACGUUCAGACAGGAGAUGAAGCUGGAGAAGUUCAGACAGGAGAUGAAGCUGAAGACAUUCAGAGUGGAGCUGGAGACGUUCAGACAGGAGAUGAAGCUGGAGACGUUCAGACAGGAGAUGAAGCUGGAGACAUUCAGAGUGGAGCUGGAGACGUUCAGACAGGAGAUGAAGCUGGAGACGUUCAGCCAGGAGAUGAUGCUGGAGACAUUCAGAGUGGAGCUGGAGACGUUCAGACAGGAGAUGAAGCUGGAGACGUUCAGACAGGAGAUGAUGCUGGAGACAUUCAGAGUGGAGCUGGAGACGUUCAGACUGGAGAUAAAGCUGGAGACGUUCAGACAGGAGAUGAUGCUGGAGACGUUCAGACAAGAGUUGAUGCUGGAGACAUUCAGAGUGGAGCUGGAGACGUUCAGACAGGAGAUGAAGCUGGAGACAUUCAGAGUGGAGCUGGAGACGUUCAAACAGAAGAUGAAGCUGGAGACAUUCAGACAGGAGCUGGAGACGUUCAGACUGGAGCUGGAGACGUUCAGACAGGAGAUGAAGCUGGAGACGUUCAGACAGAAGAUGAAGCUGGAGACGUUCAGACAGAAGAUGAAGCUGGAGACGUUCAGACAGGAGCUGGAGACGUUCAGACAGGAGAUGAAGCUGGAGACGUUCAGACAGGAGCUGGAGACGUUGAGACAGGAGAUGAAGCUGGAGACGUUCAGACAGGAGCUGGAGACGUUCAGACAGGAGAUGAAGCUGGAGACGUUCAGACAGGAGAUGAAGCUGGAGACAUUCAGAGUGGAGCUGGAGACGUUCAGACUGGAGAUAAAGCUGGAGACGUUCAGACAGGAGAUGAUGCUGGAGACAUUCAGACUGGAGAUGAUGCUGGAGACAUUCAGACUGGAGAUGAUGCUGGAGACGUUCAGAUCGGAGAUGAAGCUGGAGACGUUCAGACUGGAGCUGGAGACGUUCAGACUGGAGCUGGAGACGUUCAGACAGGAACUGGAGACGUUCAGACAGGAGAUGAAGCUGGAGAUGUUCAGACAGGAGAUGAAGCUGGAGACAUUCAGAGUGGAGCUGGAGACGUUCAGACUGGAGAUAAAGCUGGAGACGUUCAGACAGGAGAUGAUGCUGGAGACGUUCAGACAGGAGAUGAUGCUGGAGACAUUCAGACCAGAGAUGAUGCUGGAGACAUUCAGAGUGGAGAUGAAGCUGGAUACAUUCAUACUGGAGCUGGAGACGUUCAGACUGGAGCUGGAGACGUUCAGACAGGAGUUGAUGCUGGAGACAUUCAUACUGGAGCUGGAGACGUUCAGACUGGAGCUGGAGACGUUCAGACAGGAGAUGAAGCUGGAGACGUUCAGACAGGAGAUGAAGCUGGAGACAUUCAGAGUGGAGCUGGAGACGUUCAGACUGGAGAGGAAGCUGGAGACGUUCAGACAGGAGCUGGAGACGUUGAGACAGGAGAUGAAGCUGGAGACGUUCAGACUGGAGAUGAUGCUGGAGACAUUCAGAGUGGAGCUGGAGACGUUCAGACUGGAGCUGGAGACGUUCAGACAGGAGAUGAAGCUGGAGACGUUCAGACAGGAGAUGAAGCUGGAGACGUUCAGACAGAAGAUGAAGCUGGAGACGUUCAGACAGGAGCUGGAGACGUUGAGACAGGAGAUGAUGCUGGAGACAUUCAGACUGGAGAUGAUGCUGGAGACAUUCAGAGUGGAGCUGGAGACGUUCAGACAGGAGCUGGAGACGUUGAGACAGAAGAUGAAGCUGGAGACGUUCAGACAGGAGCUGGAGACGUUCAGACAGAAGAUGAAGCUGGAGACGUUCAGACAGGAGCUGGAGACGUUGAGACAGGAGAUGAAGCUGGAGACGUUCAGACAGGAGCUGUAG